GCUGGGGCGGGCGCACGUGUGGCCCGUGCGGGGUGUGGGGACGGAGCCGCCGCCGGGGACUGAGGGAGCUCCGGGCACUGAGGGACCUCCCGGGUAACGGCGCGGGCUGGGGGAGCUCCGGGGUUUGGGACAUGGCCACGGAUGUAGCUGAGCCCGUGGUCCCUGACUGCAGAGGAGAUGUAAGGAGUGGUGGCAGGUCAGAUGCUGACUAUCCUCUUCGGGUUCUCUACUGUGGAGUCUGUUCAUUGCCAACAGAGUACUGUGAAUACAUGCCUGAUGUGACUAAAUGCAGACAGUGGUUAGAAAAGAAUUUUCCAGAUGAGUUUGCAAAACUUACAGUAGAAAAUUCACCAAAACAGGAAGCUGGGGUUGGAGAAGGCCAAGGCAAUGCAGGAGAAGAAGAAGAGAAGAAGAAGCAAAAGAGAGGUGGAAGAGGUCAGAUAAAACAGAAAAAGAAGACUGUACCACAGAAAGUUACAAUAGCUAAAAUUCCUAGAGCAAAGAAAAAAUAUGUCACCAGAGUAUGUGGCCUUGCAACAUUUGAAAUUGAUCUUAAGGAAGCACAAAGGUUUUUUGCUCAGAAAUUUUCCUGCGGUGCCUCAGUAACAGGAGAAGAUGAAAUCAUCAUUCAGGGGGAUUUCACAGAUGACAUCAUUGAUGUAAUCCAGGAGAAGUGGCCUGAGGUGGAUGAUGAUAGCAUUGAAGAUCUUGGAGAAGUCAAGAAGUGAUAGUGAAAGUCUACCUGUAUGUAAUUAUAUGGUUAUAAAUAAUGUAGCCAAAGUGAGGCAUCUUAAGUCCAUUUGCUCUGCAGUCACACUGGAGAGCCUGUAUCCUUGGCAUUCUCACUGUCCUGUAUAGCUGCUUGGUUUUGUUUUGGGUUUGUUUGGGGUUUUUUUUUGUGAUAUUUGCCAAAGUUAACUUGGGGUUCUGUCAUGCUGAGGCAUGAAGUAGAUUUAAUAAAUAAAAUUACUGUUCCUCACUGAA